AUGGAGUGGGCCAGGGACUGCUUACACCUGAGAUGGACUAUGGAACAGCACAUCCCAGAGGUGGAAGUCCAAGUCAAACGUAGAAGGACAGCCUCACUGAACAACCAAGAGUGUCAGCUAUACCCAAGGCAAUCUCAGCAGCAGCAAGUCCCUGUGGUAGAACUGAGACAGGCAUUCUUGGCUGAGACACCAAGAGGUGGUUAAAG